AUGUCUAAAGACGAAAAUAAGAUGGAACGUGCAUUUCGCGAGGCGGCGUGGCAUCCAGUUGAAACUUUACCGGUAUUCAACGGGACCGAUAAGACUAUAACGGCGGCGAGGUGGGCGCAGGAGAUAGAAGAGAACGCGGAAAUAUUUGGUUGGAGUGCUACACAGCAAUUAAUUUUGGCGAGGAGAUCCUGCACGAAAUCUUAUCCAACAGGAAAAAAAGGAAAAAACGAAAGUUGUUAUGAAUAUAUGCUGAUAAUGAAGGAGUUGGGCAAGCGCGGCAAGUUACCUGAUUAUUGUGUUAUUCAGUACAUAACAGACGGUAUUAUAGAUGAUGAGAUAAACAAGGUCAUGUUGUACGGGGUCACUACCUAUGCCUCGUUAAAAGAAAAAUUAGUGAUAUACGAAUCCAUGAAGAAAAAGAUGUACGUAACUACAAGAGAAAGAAAACCCAUAGUAACGAAAGAGCAUUACAGAGACAGCAGAAAAUGCUACAAAUGUGGUGAAAAUGGUCAUAUUGCGACAACAUGUUCGAAAGGAGUUAAGUGUUACAAAUGUCAUUCAUACGGCCAUAUUUCGUCGAACUGCAGAGCUGCAUUUGUCGAAAGAAAUUCAAAUACGAUUGGGAAUGACAAUAAGUGCAUCUCAAUCACUUCACCUACGACGGGAGCGGAAGACCGACCGGAACGACGAUCAAUGUGUGUGAACGGUGUGAACAUAGACGCGAACAUAGAAAAUGGCGACGUGCGUAGUGGCAGCAAUGUUGACAGUGGUGACAGAUGUCAUUCGCUCGGGAACUGUCAAUUUGAAACCGUCAUGAAUACGAAGCGAAAUAGUUCAAUCAAAACAUUGGAGAUAAAUGGCGUAAUAAUCGAAUGUUUAAUUGAUUCGGGGAGUGACGUAAAUCUGGUGUCGGCAGAUGUAUUUUUCGAACUAAAUGUGAGUGCCUAUAAUAAAGAAAAGAUAGUGUUGCACGGACUGGGAUUGUCGACUGUUUACUCUAUAGGAAAAUUUCAAACAGUACUAAAAAUUGAUGAUUGUUAUUUUGAAUUAUUGUUUUAUAUUGUACCAACAAAUGCAAUGCCUUACAAAGUGAUCCUAGGUCAACCAUUUUUGGAAAAUGCGGUAGUUAUUUUCGAUAAAGGUGUGGUAAAUGUAGUUUCGAGGAAUGUGCAUUGUUUGUUUACAGAUGACAAACCGGUUAGUUAUGUACCAAAUCCUCAGAUUAUGGAGACAGCUCAGCUUAUAGUGGAUCAAUAUAAGCCCUUACAAACCAAGGAGGCACCAUUUGAAAUGCAGAUUAUCCUGAACGACGAUGUGCCGGUGGCACAGCGGCCGCGUAGACUAGCCUAUAAGGAACAAGAAGCAGUUGAUAAACAAAUUGGUGAGUGGUUACAAAAUGGUAUUAUUAAACCUAGCUUUUCAGAGUAUGCAAGCCCAUUAGUAUUAGUUAGAAAAAAAGAUGGUAGUAUAAGAGUCUGUGUUGAUUACCGUAAAAUAAAUAAAAAAAUUGUUAGGGAUGAGUUUCCUCUACCAAUCAUUGAAGAUCAUUUAGAUAAACUUUCUGGAUACACGGUUUUUAGUAAAUUGGAUCUCAAAGACGUUUUUUUUCAUCUCAAAAUAAAUAGUAACUGUACAAAGUAUACAUCUUUUGUGACACAGAAUGGUCAAUAUGAGUUUAUGAGAGCACCUUUUGUGAAAAACAGGAAAUUGCAUUCAAAUUGUUAA